AUGGGUCGGAAGAUGGUAAGGAUGGCGAGGAUAACGAACGAGAAGACGAGGAUAACGACUUACAAGAAGAGGAAGGCGUGUUUGUACAAGAAAGCCAAUGAGUUCUCAACACUCUGUGGCGUGAAGACGUGUCUCAUUGUGUAUGGUCCGAGCAGAGCAGGGGACGAGAAGGUCUUGGAGCCCGAGUUAUGGCCGAGGGAUGAGAGCAAAGUCAGAGAGAUCAUAAGCAAGUACAGAGACACUGCGUCGAGCAGCUGCAUCAAAACUUACAGUGUGCAAGAGUGCCUGGAUAAAAAAAAAGAAUGCUUGGAUCAAACCAAAGUGAAGGUGGAGAAAAUGAAGUAUUGUCCAUGGGACAAAAAGCUCGACAAGUGUUCUUUAAGCGAGCUGUAUGCGGCUUUUGUGGCAGUAGAAAGUAAGAUUCAGGAGGCUGCGAAUAGGAGCCAGACAUUCCAAGACGCUUCUUGGUCUACUGAACAGCUUGGUUUAUUCGGUUAUAAUCAGCAAUGUGUCGAGCAGCAUCAGCUGUUUCCCAUGGAGCACAACGGGUUUGCUUUUUUCCCUUAUUUUAACCAAAUGACCUCGAGCACCUCGGAGAUGGCUUCUUACACGAAUGUGACUGAGCCAGAGAUGGCUGCUCAAGCCAUGUUUUACGGGAGUUGUUCGGAUGGUCAAUAUGCUCCGAUGGUACAGAGGACAACAGCUUAUAUGGAGCCACAACACUGGGGUUUAGGGAACAGCAUGUUCAACGAUAUGAAGCCGUUCACAGACUAUCCGAUGACGUUUGGGCAAGUUAACAACGACUUGGAGAAUUCUGGAAAUAUAUCCGGCGCAUUUGCUGGAGUCGAGGGGAUCGACGGAAUUCCAGGAGUUGUUACCGGUGACGUCGCUGCGAUCUCCGGUGCAUCAGCUGGGACCGGUGGCUGGUUCGCUGGAGGAGUGGCAGGAGAUUCUAUCGAGGCAGUGGGGCUCGUCGUCGGAGCGAAGAUAGGAGAUAUUACGGGAAUCGUAAUCGGAGGGGAAACGGGAGUUUUCGCCGGAGAAAAUACAGGUGUCGUGGCGAUAGUGGGCGGGAAAACAGGGGAAGUAGCGGGAGAAAAAACAGAGGAUUUCAAAGGAGUCGCAAUGGUACGAGAGGAAACAGGGGAAGUCGCCGGGGGAACAACAGGGGAUUUUAGUGGAGUCGCAAUGGUACGGGAGGAAACAGGGGAAGUCGACGGAGGAGUAACAGGGGGUUUUAAUGGAGUCGCAAUGGUCGGAGAAGUUGACGGAGAAAGAACAUGGGAUUUCAAUGGCGACGCAGUGAUCGGAGAGGAAACAGGAGCACUCGCCGGAGCGAAAACAGGGGAUUUCAAAGUAAUAAAGGUUGUCGGAGAGGAAACAGGGGAAGUCGCCGGCGUAAAAAUAGUGGAUUUCACUGGAGACGCAAGUGUAGGCGAGGAAACAGGGGUUUUCUCCGGAGCCUUAGAAGGUGAAGUCGGGACUUUAGCCGCCGGGGAGUUAUGGGUCGCCGGAGGUUGUAAACUGGGGAUUUGA